AGCCCCGUGGCUGCCGCCGCCGCCGCCCUCUCGCGCCGCCCCGCCCCGCUGCUGCGCGCUCGCUCCUUCCGAAGGCCGGUGCGGCGGGAGGCGGCGGCGGGCGGCAUGGUACGCUCGCUCAACUCCAUCGUGGCCGUGUGCCAGAACAUGGGCAUCGGGAAGGACGGCAACUUGCCCUGGCCGCCGCUGAGGUACCGCAGGAAUGAGUACAAGUACUUCCAGAGAAUGACUAGCACAUCCCAUGUGGAAGGUAAACAGAAUGCACUGAUAAUGGGUAAAAAAACCUGGUUCUCCAUUCCUGAGAAGAAUCGUCCUCUAAAAGACAGAAUUAAUAUAGUGCUCAGCAGGGAGCUCAAGGAAACCCCACAAGGAGCGCAUUAUCUUUCCAGAAGUCUGGAUGAUGCUUUAGCUCUUUUGGAUUCACCAGAGUUAAAAAGUAAAGUAGACAUGGUUUGGAUCGUUGGAGGUACAUCUGUUUACAAGGCAGCAAUGGAGAAGCCAAUGAAUCAUCGAUUGUUUGUGACAAGAAUUUUGCAGGAAUUUGAAAGUGACACAUUUUUUCCAGAAAUUGACUACAAAGACUACAAACUACUCACAGAGUACCCAGGUGUCCCUGCUGAUAUCCAAGAAGAGAAUGGCAUCCGGUACAAAUUUGAAGUGUAUGAAAAAGAUGUCUUGGCACAAUAAAUGAGGAUUUCUAUACUUCUAUAGGGUCAGGCAUUUUGAAUCAUGAAGUCUUACUGACUGCAAAUAUAUAUUGAAUUAUUGUGAGAAAAUCCUGCUUGAUAGCACAAUCCCUCAGUAGUAAAUGAUUCCAAAAAACACACCCACACUCUGAAUAUACACCUUGCAGUUGAAAUAGGGUGAUCAGCAGCAUGAAAGAGGUAACUCAGCAAUAUUGCAGCUGAGGUUGAAUGAAAUCUUGCAUUGAUCUUUACAAUACAUGGCAGCACCCCUAACAAUUCCACAAGUAAUUAAAGGUGUCAGAACCCUUCUACCUAAACAAAGGUUUUGGGUAUCUCCUGAUUCAAAACAUCCAACACCAAGAAAGCAUUAAAACUCCUGAGUUUGUCUGCAGUGGUAUACGUUUAUAACAAUCUUUAAAACAUGCUGGUGUAGAGGAAAAUGUAAGGAAGCAUAACAAGAGAAAUGGAGACUGGAAGUCUCAGGCAGCUGUUGAGGGAUACACUGAUCCUUCAUGGAAGUCCUCUCUUGUCAUCUUAACUGUCCUGGUACACAGCCUACUUCAAGCCUUUUGACUGAAAGCACUGACUUACAAAUUAAUCUGAUAAAAAAGUUUUAACAUUUCCAUUAACUUCACACCCCUGUAAAGGCUUGCUGCUGUUAUAAACGGUUGCUGUGUCAGUUUGACCGUGGCCACUUUGCAGUGUAAGAACAUAAACAUUGCUUUCUUAACAGAAUUUUUGUUCUUACGUCCCUUCUAAAUGUUACCAGUGCAGAUGCAGAGUGUUGAUUUGUUGGUGUGAUUUUGAAUAUUCUAUGUCGCACACAAAUACAGAUUAUAAGCAGAUAGUGGGGUUCAGUUUCCUCUUUCAUUAAACAUAGCCAGUAUAAUAAUGUUUUACAUUGCUCUUCCCUAAAGAUAGUGAGCAAUUCACUGGUUCUGUAAUAACACUGUGAUUCUAAUAGCAUACAGUGCCAUGUGUUGAUUAAAGUUUGUUACUGCCAAUAUUAUCACAACAUGAUCAGUCAUACUAGCCUGCUGCUAUGUUCUGGUGGUGGGCAGCUUGUCAGGUGGCAGAGGACUCCAUAUAUGAAGUGGCGUGGAGAGGAGCUGGGACACACCAUGCCCAAUGCCCAUUUACACUUCCUUGUGCUGCAGCUGCCACCCUUAGAGUGAUGGCCUGCAAGGAGGGAGCCCUGCCUCCCUUUCAUUGCAGAUCAGUCUGAGACUAGGAUAGUGAAAAUAAAGACUAAAUAAGUAAAUUAACCCUCAAAACUCUGCUGACUCUUUUCCCAAAGCGUUUUGAAAGCAUCAUCUUGUGAAGCAGUAUUGUGGUAGAUUCAAGUGCUAAUGCUCGUCCUUUAAUGUCCCACUGAGGCCCAGUUCUAACAUCAGGGAAGGCAGCCCUGGCCAUCGGCAGGCUUUAGACAAAUUAUAACUGUACAGAGGAGCAUAACAGUGCCCAGUUUUCUGCAAGGAGAUUAAAUGAUGACUUUGCUUGCUUUUGAAAAACCAAGCCUCUUUGAUAUAAGAAGAAAACACUUGGAGUAUCAGCUAUGAAUACCUCUCGAAUUUUCCAUGGCAAUUCACACCAUUUAACUGAUAAAAAAGAUAAUUCUUGGAGCAUCUGUUCUGGGUUGUCUCAGUUUUCUCUGUGCUCCUCUCCUUUUGAAUUCUUAAAAAUACAAGUACUUUCUUGUGUUGAUCUUCUUGGCCCAUGUGUACUGACUUUACAUCAGUUGAAAAAGAUUAAAACAACAAAGUUCAAUGCCUGCAUAAUACAGCAA